AUUGUAUUUUGACGUGUGGUAAUGAGAGGAAGAGGAAAACGAAAACAAGAAAGUGUUAAUCUUGAUCUGCGUUGAUGACUCAACCUAAUAAUAUUUAAACGCAUCUUUUUAAUAAACCAGGAAUUGGUUUCUAUCAUGAUUCGUUAAUUAUUUAAUACUCAGUGGUUACAAAAUGGUCGGAAUAAUCGGAUUGCAGGAGUGUCUCAGGGAUUCUCCGAAAUUCAGGAGUAGGUUGGAAGCUGAGGAGGCAAGCGUUGAUCAACUCGAAAAUAAGCUCGAGAAAAUUUUGAAAAUAUGCGGAUCUAUGGUGGAUUCUGGAAAAACAUAUGUUGGACAACAAAGUUUGUUCGCCAACAGCCUGUGGGAUUUGAGCACCCACUUCAAAGAAGACCCUGUCGUGCUAUCUUCCUUGAAUAAACUCAUUCACAAUCUUCAAGAAAUGAACAAAUUUCACACUAUUCUCUUGGAUCAAGCUUCCAGAACAAUUUUAAAGAAUCUCACGUCGUUUAUAAAAAAUGAUAUUAAAGGAGUCAGAGACUACAAACAACAUUUCGAGAAAAUAUCGUCGGAGUACGACAAUAUUCUCGUGAGGAAUUCACAUACCCCUCGCAGCAAACCUCAAGAAGUGGAAGAAGUUCAGAACGUGUUGGUGGCGGUGAGGUCGUGUUUUGGGCACCAGACUCUAGAUUAUGUCAAUAGCAUUAGUGUACUGCAAUCGAAGAAAAGACACGAGAUAUUAAGCACUUUGUUGUCAUAUUUGCACGCAUGUACAACGUACUACCACCAAGGUUCUGAUCUUUGCGCCGAUUUGGAACCGUUUUCCAAGAUUUUGGCAGAUGAAAUCGCUACGAUGAGAAGCGAGACGUAUAAGGUGCAGAAAGAACUCGAAAAUACUCACGCUAUAGUAUCUAACGUAGAACCGAUUCUAUUAAAAAAUAAUGAAAAGAACUGUCCCACUAUGGAAGGUUAUUUGUUUAAGAGAACCUCUAAUGCAUUUAAAACGUGGAAUAGAAGAUGGUUUUAUUUGUAUGACAAUAAAUUAGUAUAUAGAAAACGAUCUGGAGAAGAGCAUGAAACGAUUAUGGAAGACGAUUUGAGAAUAUGUUCAGUGAAACCUGUCCUAGAUGGCGAGAGACGAUUUUGUUUUGAAGUUUUAUCACCUUCAAAAAGCCACAUGCUACAAGCCGACACCAAAGAAAUGUGCGACUGUUGGGUGGAUGCCCUUCAAAAGGGAAUCGGUGCCGCUAUUCAGAGGAUUCAAAGUAUAGAUUUCGAUCAGUUGAAAGUGGGAGACAAUAGCAUCACAUCUUACUCAAACAACAUCACCAGUAAACACCAAAGACAUAACGAUAAUAACAACCGAACUAAAAAGCGGAUGUGGGAGCAACUGCUGAAAAUUCCAGGCAACAACUUCUGCUGCGAUUGCAGAAGUCCCAAUCCUCGAUGGGCUAGUAUUAAUUUAGGAAUCACACUAUGUAUCGAAUGUUCUGGAGUCCACAGAAGCUUAGGAGUUCAUUACAGUAAAGUAAGAUCCCUGACGCUGGACGAUUGGGAACCGGAGAUUAUUAAAGUCAUGGUAGAAUUAGGGAAUUCAGUGAUAAAUAAAAUAUACGAGGCUAAUAUGUCUGACGACGUUAUCAGGCCUUCGGAUCAAUGUCCUGGUGCUGUUAGAGAAACCUUCAUAAAAGCAAAAUACGUCGAUAAGAAAUUCGUCAAAUCUCUUCCGCAAUUCAACAAAACUUCCCCGUCAUCGAAUCGAUCGUCACGGCCCCCCAGUCUGAUGGACGUCCGAAAAUGGAGCGUGCGCAAGAUUCGCCGAAGACCUAGGAGCUGCGAUAAAAAAGAGAAAAAGUCGUUGAAGUCGAACGAGGUCACGACGAAAAUAGAGAAAAUAGCCGAAGCCGGAGAGACCAGCAGUAACGGUAGUGGAAAGGACGAGGACACGAACAGUGAAUCGUCCAAACGAAAUAGUUUGAGGAAAAGAGGAAGUGUUUUGUUGUUUGGAAAUGAUUUGGAUAAACAGCCGAUAGAUGGAGCCAUAGAUUUGAGUAGCGAUCAAGAAUCUACAGGGGGAGAGGAAGAAAAUGAGACUGUUGGUGAAGAAGAUAUCUCGAAGCUGCAACCAGAUUUGUUACUUUAUAAAGCUUCCGCCGCCCAUAACUUGCCAGUGAUGUGUGAAGCACUAGCCUUAGGUGCCGAUAAAUGUUGGAUAAACCCAGAUGACAGGGGUAGAUCCCCUCUUCACGCUGCAGUAUUUAGUGGAUCUGUGAUGCCAUGUGCCUAUUUAAUACUUAAUGGGGUGAAAAUCAACGCGCAAGAUCAAGACGGGAAAACGCCUUUGCAUAUAGCCACGCAGGAAGGUCACACUGCGCAAGUAUGUUUGUUUUUGAAACACCGCGCAGAUCAGCAUCUCGAAGAUGACGAGGGGAAAGUGCCGCUCUCUAUAGCUGAACAAAAAGAACAUGCAGAUAUUGUGACUUUAUUGAGGUUGGGUCGAUUGAACGAGGAAAUGAAAGACUCCGAAUUAGGCGUAACCGGAGAUGACACAUUCAACGAUGUCGUCCGGGACUUCUCCAGGUUAGCUUGUUCUCAUCCGGAAAAAUUGCAAAGGUCCAAAGUCGAGGAGGAAGUUCGAGAUGAGUAACGUGGAUGUUGAAUGAUUCGUGUGAUUUUGUAUUCAUGCCAAUUAUUAGUUGUAGAGCAUGUGGACCAAAAAAGUGGUACGUCGCGUUGUUCAUAAACGAAACCAGAUGAUAUUCAGAUGUUUGACCGUAUGUUACGUAAAUACGAAAAUUAAAAAGGUAUUUACAUUUACUUCGCGUUGUUCAAAAAAGCUUUAAUUUUAUUGGUGCUAAAACUUACACAUUAGCGUACACAACAGUAAUUGUGGAAAUACGAUAAUUAUGUAGAAAAGCGUUUAAAUGUUUAAUAUGCAGAAAAUUAACAACAAAGUAUAUUAGAAUCAAAAUAAAACCUUUUUAUUUAUCCUUACCUUUUCAGCGAUCAUCUUCCGCUUCUUUCAGGCUUUUCACUAUUUUUUAUACUUUAUACGUUUCUGUUUACAUAUGAGUACAGCUAGUAAAUCUGAUGAGCCAUUCGUUAAAAUUAGUCCUCAAAGUUCUUCACUACAGAAUCUCCACAAAAUGCGAUAAGGUUAUUGGUUGCUCACAAUUUGGCUUUAGAAAAAGUCUAGGUACGAGAGAACCACUACUUGCAACCCAGGUGCUAGCCCAGAACUGCUACGAUCAAAGGAAAUAUGUAAUGAUGUGCUUUAUAGAUUAUGGAAAAGCGUUCGACAGAGUACAACAUCAUAAAAUCGUACAUAUACUACCACGACUCGACACAGAUCAAAAAGACAUUCGUCCAUAGAAGCUCUUUACUGGAAUCAAACAGCUGUCGUCAAGGUGGAUAACGAAACAACGCAAGCUCAACAAAUUUUCAGAGAUGUAAGACAGGGAUGAUUUCUCUCCCCACUACUGUUCAAUUUAUAUUCAGAAAGUAUCUUCCAGAAAGCUCUUGAGAAAUGCGAAAGCGGCAUCAAAGUAAAUGGUACCUGGGUAAUUUAUAGUAAACAAAAUAUCAGCGGCAUACCUUAUUGUUUAUCCUUGUUUAACUUAUUGUGGUUUUUAUGGACAAGCUGCCUAAUUUUGCGAUACUAGUUUCUGUGAGUUAAAAAGAGACCUAGUAUGAAAAGUAAGUCGUGAAUAAUUUCAUGCUUUGGAAAAGUUAGCGUAGAAGAACUAUAUCAUAUUUCCUGGAAAUUACUCACUGAAAAUUAACAUAAAACAAUGAAAACGAAACGAUUUUUUCAGUAUGUACCAAAUUCUCCUUGUGACGCAAACUUUAUUUGUUCCCUAUAAAGUCAAUAUUGUAAGGUCAAUUUUGAUAAUUGUAAAUUCACUUUAUCGAAAACGAUUGUACUGUAUUUUUUGGUCCACUAAUAGAAUGAAAUGUAAAUACAUAUAUACUUAUUCUAUGCAUUUAAAAGAGCCUAACUAGUCUUUAUACAACGAAUAUCCUGUUCAGGAGAACAAUGAGCUUAAUAUUUUUCAUGUUAUUCCAAUAAAACUUGUUCAUUCAUAAUAUAUCGAAUAACUAGAUAAUAGGAAGUGAAGAUGCUUUUAUUUAAAAUUCUUCUUUGUUUAAUUGUUACCUUUUAUGUAAUAUUUUCCAUCUAUCUUAUCUAUAUUUUUAGAAAAAAUUAAUUAACCAACAAAAGUUUUUAAUUUAACAAAAAAAAAAUCAAACCAGGCUCAAACUAGGUGCCAUUUUCAUAAUAUAUGGCGAAUACGAAAGCGCCAUCUAUUGAAGUUUCUAAGGACUUAUUGAAGUAUAUUUUCUACUGUUACCAACGUGAAACUAUUUGCCGGUAUUGGCUCAAUUGCGUUUAUGAAAUAUUAAUAAUAUUUUACUUAAAUAAUAUACUAAUAUAAUCUUACUUCAUCAUCAUCAAUGGUGCUACAGCCCUAUAAAAGAGCCUCGAACCCCUUCCCAAGUCUAUUACGCCAGUCAGUUCUAUCAAUUGCCAAUUGUUGCCAGUUUACUGCGUUUUUCUACCAUCCUCAUCUACACCAUCCUUCCAUCUGAGUUUUGGCCUACCCCUAUUUCUACUUCCCAUAGGUUGUGAUAUAAGGAUUCUUCUAGGAGGGUUAUUCUACUGUGUUCUGGCUAGAUGUCCUGCCCAUCUUAGUCUUCCUAUUUUUAUAAGAGAUACUACGUCUUUACCACCAAAUAUAUGUUUAUAUCUGUAAUAUAUCUCUUCCUCCUCCUCCAAACACCAUUUUCACAGAUCCACAGAAUAUUCCUCUCAAGAUACUUCGUUCAUAUAUAAGUACCUCCUCCCUCCAAACACCAUUUUCACAGAUCCACAGAAUAUUCCUCUCAAGAUACUUCGUUCAUAUAUAAGCAGAAGGUUUUCAUCUGCCUUGGAAAUGGUCCAUGUCUCCGAUCCAUAUGUCAACACUGGUUGUAUAAGGGUUUUGUAUAUGGUUAUGUUUGUUUUUUGGCUUAAGUUUCUGCUUCUCAUAUGUCUACUCAGUCCAAAAUAGCAUUUGUUAACUAGGAUUAUCCUUCGCUUGAUUUGUUCCGUCAUGACGGUCUCCUUGGUGAUCAGGCAGCCCAAGUAUGCUUAUUUUCAUGAGCAUUUUUCAGUGCGUCACAAAUGAUAGAAAAAAAGGUAAGUCCGUGAUAAUAUACAUUUUAGUUACAUAACAUUUUAUUUAAAUCUGACAGUUGUCAAAUUUUAUUUGCAAUUUGGCAUAAAAACAAAUCAAUUGUGUUUAUUGCAUUUAUAAAAUGGUAUUUUCUUUGGUUUGUAUAGUCUUUUAAAUUGUUCAGAUUAUAUUCGUAGAUAUGUUUAUUAUAUAAUUCGCAAAUUAUUUUAUUUUCGAUUAUAGCGCCAUCAAUUGACAACUAGAAUAAAUGUUAUAAAUGUCACCGACGAAAUGUAAUCACCGACGUGCGUUUUUUUCUGUCACAUACAAUUUAAUUCAUUAGAAAGAAAUCGAAAAACUGUGACGCACUGAAAGGUCCUCAUGAGAAAAAGCAUAGGUGAAUUUUUCCACCACUUCAAAGGUAGAGUUAUCAACCGUGAAUUGGUGGCCGAUGUUUCUGGCUCUAUUGUUGGGUGUGAUGCCACCAUCUUAGUCUUCUCCUAAUUUACUUGCAGGUCCACAUCAUCUGCAUAUACCAAAAUAUGGGAUGAUUUAUUAAAAAUAUUUCCGCCUGACCGCCUGUUCCAGAGCUAUGUUGAAAAGGAGACACGCCAGCGCAUCUUCCUGUAGCAGCCCAACAUGCGUUUAAACGCCUGUGAUUAUUCGCCCUGUAUUUCGACUUUGCAAAAAACUUUACGCAUUGUAGCCUUAACCAAUCUUAUCAGUAUCUAUCUAAUAAUCAUACAAGUAAGAUUUUUAACCUUACAACAACGUUGUUUGUAAAAGACACCUAUAAAUAACAAAAACAAACAACAGUAAAUACAAAGAAAACUAUGUCAAUAAAACAUUAAAAAACAAUAAGUUUUAGUUAUCUACUUUAGUUUAAAUUUACUUUUUUCUAAACACUAUUAAUGCUUUUAUUGGUUACUUAAUUUUGUCAUUUUUACCAUGUCAUAUUUGAGGCUAUCAGAGCAACAGUGGCCUAACUCCAAAAACGAAGUUUUUAGAUAAACGCAAUCUUUGCAUUCGUAUUUCCAUUAUGUUUAUGGGAUGGCGCUACAUAAUUUGUAGACUAAUAUAGAGGUAGGUUGUGUAGAUCCUUGUUAAUCCGAAGAUUUAAUGUUGCUGCUUUUACUGAUAUAUCUAACAUUGCUCAAUUUGUGGCUUGGGCCACUGUUGCUCUGAGGGCCUCAUUUUACCUCUAUUGACUUUUUGUCAUUUCUUACCAUGUCAUAUUUGACAUCUACUGAUUAUUUAUAAAAACAUUGCUUAUGACAAGAGCAACAAUAUGCAAAUUAGUACUAUCCCAAAUAACGGGAACUCUAUCAAUGGUGCUAGAUAUUACAUGACGUAUAUACAGAUUUACAACAGAUUUUAGAAACAACAGUUCUAUGAGUUUAGGCUGAAACACCAUUGUUUUCGAGAUUUAUAGGUCUUAUUCUGGAAUUUUUCAUACUGGAGUUUGAUCUACAGCUGCGGUAAACGUUAUCAAAGGCAGGAGUUGUAACGUUCUGUCACUGGCUCAUGUCAUUAGAGGGAAAAUGGAGAAAUUUCCCCUCUAACAAGGUCCAAAAUUAAAUUGUAGAAAUUAUUACCUGACUUGAAACUUAAACGACAGACAGUCAAAUUCAACCGAAUAAAAACGCUAGUAAUGGAAUUUAAGGGAACUUGAUGCAUAUAAGUUAUUAUUUAUUUAAGUGUUUUUGUAGUUUGGGUUUAUCUUUUUAUGUCUUUUGGUUGGUGUUUCAUUGAAAGUUCCCCGCUCCCCUAAGACAAUUUUCCCCUCCCAAGGCAAAUGUGACAUCCGCCAGUGAGUAUCUGUCACAUAGUCUCCGAUUCCUCGGGAUCUGUUGAUUGGUACGAAUCGGUAGCGACAAUAAAAUUUGGUCGUAAAUAAAAAUAAAAUAGAAAGAAAUUUAUGUAUUUGAGCUGCCAUCUGCGUUGAUAAUGUCUGCCACAAGUUGCAGAACGUCAGUGAAAAACAAUAGGGAACUUGCAUAAAAUUUUAAAUUCGAAAAAAAUGUUAUAAAUCACAACAAAACAUGAUUUAAAACAUGUAUCAAAAAUAAAAAAGUUUUGUUUGUUUUUCGUUUGGCCCCUAAAGACGAUUAAAAAUUCAAAUUAUACCAGCCAGCCCAAAACGCGUCGUGACGUCAUCGGGCUAUAUGUUUACAUUCUGAACCAACAAAGUAAACAAAAUUGUAUAUAACUUUAAAUUAGACAUUAUAAACGUCAGUAGAAAAUGCAGUUAUGUGACGUUACAAGUGUUUUUGAUCGUUCGAACUAUUCAUAGAAAAUUUGUACUUUUACAAAAUGGUUUUAUUUUCCAUAGUAAACCUUCUUUCCUCCCUUGAAUAACUAUAUCAAACUCCAAUCUCAACAAACUGGUAUAUAUUAUUACAAUGGCAUACGAUAAAUGUCAUUAGAAUAUAAAUAUUUUUCCUUUAUUCCGCGACGACGAGCUGGCCAAAUACCCAAGUAGGUGGAGGCUAAUAAACUAAAGAAGAAGCAGAAGAAUAUACCUAAAUAUAACCAUAAACGGAACCAUAUAGUUAAACUAUGUGACGUCACGGGUCGUUUGAAUUAUUUUAAAAUACAGAAGACUUUAAAGUACUUUCAAGUUAUUAUGAGUUUUUGAAUCGUGAAAUUUUGGAAAUCUCAUUUUUGUACAAAACUGAACAGUAUUAUGUAAUAAAAAAAAAUGUGCAAGUUCCCUAUUCCAUAGCAUGGCCUACAAACCCAGAAAACAAUGAUCUAUUACAGGUUCUUUGUUCUCAAUACCGCUUAAUUCUAUGGAUUUAUGGUACUACCCCGGCAUUUUUUGCCAUCUUUUCCAGUUUUUUGUUGUGGAUGUUUAUUUUGGCCAUUUGCGUUAUAUUUGUUCAAAAAUAUUAUAUAAAUACCUAUAUUUUGUGUCAUCUUUUCCAAUACACUUUUAUUAAUGAAUGCCUAAAACCAUUUUGAUAGUUUCCAAGAUGUUUUACUGAGUAUAUAUAUUCAGUUUUACCUAAGUGUUAGUAUUUUUUGUGCAUAAUGUACAAUUUAUCAGUAUAGUUGAUCAAUACUCCUCUUAUUUGUUUAUUAAGGCACGAGUGUCAGUAUCGCGAUACAAAUCUCAUAGUGUAUUUGGCUGUCUCAAUAUCGCUGUAUUAGUAUCACAACUCUAUCUUCGUCGUCUACAACUCUAUCACCGUCUGCACCAUUGUCGUGAAACAGAUACAAAUCUCAUGAUACAUGUAUCACAACUUGUCGCGAUACAUGUAUCGAUACCUAUCUCAACGUGAAUGGGGGCCUUAACAUGCAAGCAACUAUGCUCUGUUUUUAAACCAGGAGGAGUAAUUUAAAUAUACCGCGCCGUAAUGCUUGUUUGUAAUUGGUCUACUCUCAGGCAAGUUUAGUCCACUCAUGAAAUUUUGGCACUAUUGACACUUAUGAAAUUUUGACAGUAUUGGCAUUUCAUACGUUAACCUUUAACUAUCCGCGCAUUAAGUGAUAACAUAAGUAAAGCGUGGCGUAUUUUAUACACCACAAGAGAAUACACUUAAAAACAGCGGUUUUGUCUAUUGUUUUUAAAUACACUUAGUUGUUUGUUAUAAACCUUAUUCGGCAUCAGCGAAUGCUUGUAGUUCCUUCUCAGUAAGUCAAUUGGGAUUUCUAACUGGAAUCUAAUCCCUUGAAAAUUAAAAUUAGUCAUUAAAAAAUAAUGUGUGUGUACUUUGUACGCACGUAAGAAGUUAUACUUCUAUUAUAAUUUAUUCUAACUUCAUAUUAUGAUUUUAACGAAAUCAAUAUACCUAUCUACUUUAAACAGUUUUUUUGUAUUGUAUUUAAAUAUUAAACUAAUUUUAUAAAAAACAAAAAGAAUAUUAAAAAUAAAAAAAAAGAUAUGACUUUGUCAGGAUUCGAACAGGGACCUCUCGAUCCCUAGGCGAAUGCUCUACCGAUCAGCUACCACCGCUUUUGUAUUCAGUGGAUUAUUUCUCGGACAUAAUUACAAUCACGGUGACAAAUACAUUAAUUGAAAAUAAAUAUUUUCAAUAAUACUUAUUAGGAGAAAGACAAAUCCACAGACAUAAAAAUUAUAAUAAAUAUAUAUACUAAAAACACUAAUAAUAUAUUCUUUUCACGCACACCUUAUUUGCGCUACAUAACUUAAAAGAUGUAGCGACUAAUACCAUACUUUCGGUGUGCGCAUGCGCCAGGGAAUGAAAAAAUUCACCCUCAUGUCUAAAAAAGUAUAACUUCAAAAUUUUUUGAAAUGUGAUUUAUUACAUGAGAAAAGUAUUGUUUAUAAAGAAAAAUAUAUUUUAUGCCAUGACAAAAAAAAAACAAUUGAAAGAUGUACUUAAAUUACUACAAUCGUGCCGUAUCUGGUACACCACUGGAAACAACAAAUAAUAAAUUGGUAAUUACGAUCUUCUCAGAACGCCGAUUAUAACGAAACUUACGAAACGCCGAUUAUACAAGGUCAGAAAUUAAAUUUUUAAAUAUAUUUGCAGUAGAAUUCUUAUAUGUGGCGUACAAAAUACGCCAGCGCGUGAGGUUAAAGGUUAAUUAAGUUAUAUCGGCGAUUUUUUGUGUUUUCUGCGUUAUUCCUUUAAUUUUUGAAUGUUAAGUCUCCUUUUAUAUAAAAAACAGUUGUUUUUAGAACUCUUAAGCGCCGUUUUAGUAUAAUGUAAUAUUUAUAGAUUACCGUAAAAGGCCGACAUGAUCAACCAAAAAAGAAGAUGUAUUUGGUGAUUUUUUAGUGACUUUCUUGGGUGUGAAUCUGUCUUUUUAGUUUACUCCUCCUGGUUUAAAAACUAAGCAUACUAAAAAACGUACUUUGGUCUUAUUUGUACUUCAAGUGCUAAUUUGAAUACUUAUUAAGUAAUUUAUUAAUAAGCGAAUAACAUUUGUGCAAGUUUUUGUCAGAUUAGAUAAAUAGUUGCCUUAUAACAAUGUCAUUUGUGCCAAAUUGCAAUUAUGAAAUUUGUCGUCUCAUAUCUGACAAAUGUUGAAGAUUUUAAAAACAUCACUGUAAUUGUUAACAUUUUUAUAUGAAUGUAUAUUUAUAUGAUAAUUAUAUUUACCAAAUAGUUGUUAACAUUCCGUUGACCAAUAUUUUAUUGUAUUUUUUUAUUUUCGUGAAUAUAUAAUUUUAUCAUCA